AUCACCUCCAUUGAUUCCGCUGCUGCAAUCUGGUGAGUUUUGUUAAUCUCUUUCCUCGUUCGUCAUUGUCUGCAUUAGCUGAUCAUUGUCAACAUAAAACCAAUCAAAACAAAGUUUCUUCUAUGAGUUCCGGUCUGAACGAAGAUUUCCUCGAUUGUAUCGUGCGUUUAGAGGAGACACACAUUCAACAAGGCUUCGAUGAGGGUUACGAAGAAGGUCUCGUGUCGGGUCGUGAAGACGCUCGUCAUCUGGGUUUGAAACUCGGGUUCGAAACAGGCGAGCUUAUUGGAUUCUACAGAGGAUGCUCUGCUCUUUGGAAUUCAGCUCUCCGUAUUGAUCCCACUCGCUUCUCUCCUCUGCUCCAUAAGCAUCUCAAUGAUUUCCAUGUCUUGCUCGAUAAAUUCCCGCUUUUGGACCCCGAGGACGAGGCUAAAGACGGGAUUAAGGAUGAUCUCAGACUCAAAUUCAGCAUCAUUUGUGCAUCUCUCAGCAUUUCCAAGAAACAAUUGGAGUGGUCGGAGGAGAUGUUGAGAGAAAUGCUUGGUUGUUGCAAGGUUUACAUAUCUGAAGCGCGGAAUAAGACCGCCCUGGAAGCUAUUGAGAGAGCUGUAAAGGCUUUUCCACCAGCUGCAAUCGUCAAUAAGUUCGAGGAUGCUGCUUAUGGUAGGGUUGGUUACACUGUUGUAUCCUCGCUUGCUAACGGGUCAUCUUCUUCCUUGAAGAAUGCGGUGUUUUCUAUGGUUAAGACUGCUCUCGACACUAUCAAUCUUGAGUUGCACUGUGGAUCCCAUCCUCGGCUUGGAGUGGUCGACCACAUAUGCUUUCACCCCUUGUCUCAAACCUCUAUAGAACAAGUUUCUUCCGUUGCCAAUUCCGUAGCCAUGGAUAUCGGCUCCAUUCUUCGAGUUCCUACAUAUCUCUAUGGAGCAGCAGAAAAGGAGCAGUGCACGCUGGAUUCGAUCAGAAGGAAGCUGGGGUACUUCAAGGCGAACAGGGAGGGACAUGAAUGGGGAGGUGGGUUAGAGCUGGAGACGGUGCCGGUGAAGCCAGACGCAGGGCCACAAGAGGUGAACAAAGCCAAAGGGGUUGUAGCAGUUGGGGCGUGUGGGUGGGUGAGUAACUAUAACGUGCCAGUAAUGACAAACGAUCUCAAGGCAGUGAGGAAAAUGGCGAGGAAGGCGAGCGAGAGAGGAGGGGGCUUGGCUUCAGUGCAGACAAUGGCGCUGGUACACGGGGAAGGAGUCAUAGAGGUUGCCUGUAACUUGUUGAAUCCAAGCCAAGUGGGAGGAGAUGAAGUUCACGGACUGAUCGAGAGGCUUGGCAGAGAGGAAGGUCUGCUUGUGGGAAAAGGGUAUUACACGGAUUAUACACCCGACCAGAUCGUUCAAAGAUAUAUGGACUUGCUCAGUAAUUCAUAAAUUUCAAAGUAAAAAUUAAAAACAGUACGAUGUUGUCAUUCUUAUAACGUAUUAUUACCGACAUCAAUCAUUUAUCUUCCUUUUGUGUUUAGAUAUGUUAUACAUUGCUUUGAAUAAAUAUUGAAAUUAGCA